GUCUGAAUCGAGCGGAGGAGCUACUUCUGGCGUGCGAUCCUGAAGCGGCUUUCAGGAUCCGACCCGGCGCGCUCAGAGGGUGAUGAGAGCGACACAUUGCGGGGGUUAAAGUGGCAGCCGAGAAGGGCGAGGAAGUGGCGAGGCUCGUGGAAAUCGGCAUCGGGGGCGUACGAUCCGGGCAGCGGUAGUGGUGGCGGAGCGGCAGGGGUACUAUGGGAGCGGGGGUAUGGGGGGCGGAGGAGGGCUACAAGCCACGGACCUCCGGCGAAGGCUCGAGUUCCAGUGUACCGGAGGAACUUGUUCGCAGGGUCUUCGGUCCCUAAGGCACGACAGCUACCAUGCCACGGAGGAGAACGCCGCGUGCGACGACCACGAGGACAGGGGGACUGACCACGAAGCGAUUCUCGCUUCCGGUCAGCCCACCUGCACAGGCUGCCGGCCGUACAGGCGCCAGGAGAGCGAAGCGGUUGAGAAAAAGGACAGUCUGAAGGGACGCAUGUCCGAGUCGGAUGGGAUCGGUGCGGUGUACCGGAAGCUGCGGCUUUGUCUGGGCCUUUUCGAGCACGCGGGUAAAAAUGACGACGCGGAGGCGGAGGACGACGACGACGACGACGACGACGACGACGACGAAGGGAAGAGGCAUCGGUUACGGUGGUGUCGCAGGGACUUCCGACGAAUCGUGGAAGUGGCGACAAGAGCUCUACUCCUUGGCAUCGCGCUCCUCGUCACGCCAGGACUCUGCCAACAGGACGCGGUGCACAUUACGGCUAUCCUCGGGGAGAGCGUUGUCUUCAACUGUCACGUAGAGUUCCCCGGUGAGCACCCAGUGCCCUACGUUCUCCAAUGGGAGAAGAAGGUAGGCGACACGGGGCAGGAGAUACCGAUAUACAUAUGGUACGAGUCGUAUCCGACCCACAGUGGCGAAGGAUACGAAGGUCGCGUCUCGAGGGUGAGCCCGAGUUCACCGUACGGCGGGGCCAGCCUCAAUCUGACGAACAUCCGCGAGAGCGAUCAAGGAUGGUACAAGUGCAAGGUCGUCUUCCUCAACAGGUCGCCCAACAGUCACAAGAACGGUACCUGGUUUCACCUAGACGUCCACGCGCCACCCAGAUUCAGCAUAACGCCGGAUGAUAUGAUAUACGUGAAUCUGGGCGAUGCGAUAAUACUGAACUGCCAGGCUGAGGGCACUCCGUCGCCAGAGAUCCUUUGGUACAAGGACGCGAAUCCGGUCGAGCCGUCGUCGACCAUCGGCAUAUUCAACGACGGCACCGAGCUCAGGAUUUCGACGAUCAGGAACGAGGACAUCGGCGAUUACACCUGCAUCGCCAGGAACGGAGAGGGCCAGAUCAGUCACACCGCACGCGUCAUCAUCGCGGGUGGAGCCGUUAUUAUGGUGCCGCCGACGAAUCAAACGAAGCUGGAGGGCGAGAAGGUGCAGUUCUCUUGCGAGGCGAAGGCCCUCCCGGGUAACGUGACGGUGCGCUGGUUUCGCGAGGGUGCCCCCGUCACGGAGGUCUCGGCCCUGGACACCAGGGUGUCCAUCAAGAUGGACGGUAGCCUGGUCAUCAACCCCGUCAGCGCCGAUGAUUCCGGUCAAUACAUGUGCGAAGUCACCAACGGCAUCGGCGAUCCUCAAAGUGCCAGCGCUUACCUCAACGUCGAAUACCCGGCGAAGGUAACGUUCACCCCCAGCAUCCAGUACCUGCCAUUCCGUCUGGCCGGUGUGGUCCAGUGUUACAUAAAGGCCAAUCCACCCCUGCAAUACGUGACCUGGACCAAGGACAAGCGCCUACUCGAGCCUUAUCAGACAAAGGACAUCGUUAUCAUGAACAACGGAUCCCUGCUCUUUACACGGGUCAAUGAGAAUCACCAAGGCAGAUAUACCUGCACGCCUUAUAACGCCCAGGGCACGCAGGGCAGUUCGGGUCCGAUGGAGGUCCUCGUGCGAAAUCCGCCUGUCUUCACCCUCGAGCCAGAUUCAAUGUAUACGCGGAAGGUGGGCGAGACGGUCGAGAUGCACUGCGACGCGCAGGAGGCCGAGGGAACGCAGAAACCGACGAUACAGUGGCAUCGGAGAGAGGGACCCAUCCAACGUAACCGCGCCAAGAUCAUCGGCGGCAAUUUGACCAUAGAGGGCCUUCGACGCACGGACUUUGGACUGUAUCACUGCGUCGCCUCCAACGAAGUCGCCACCAUCUCGGCCUCGACGCAGCUGAUCGUCGAGGGCACGCAACCCCAUGCACCUUACAACGUGACAGGCACUGCCACGCAAUUCUCGGUAACGCUAAACUGGUUACCAGGCUAUUCCGGCGGUCCUGAUUACAAGCAAGAUUAUACUAUCUGGCACAGGGAAUCAGGGACUUCGGAAUGGAAGACAAUCCCCGUGACUCCGUCGGGCAGCACAACGGUGACGAUCAACAGACUCUCGCCUAGCACGCUCUACGAUUUCCAGGUAAUCGGGAAGAACGCUCUGGGCGAGGGAUUGCUGAGCAAGGUCAUCACAAUCAGGACUCUCGACAUCGUUGAUUAUAGCACCCUCAUAUUACCGACCGAUUCCACAGGAAAUCCCGUAUUUCCAACCAUCAUACGACCGAAAGGACCAAAGCCAGGUACUCCCCGGAACCUCACGGUGACGGAGAUCAGCAACGGUUUCCUGAUAACCUGGCAACCUCCUUUGGAACGUAGUCAUCUCAUCCAAUACUACACUAUCAAGUACAAGACGGACGGACCUUGGAAAACGCUCAACAAGGGCCAAAUACGACCCGAGGAGACCAGUUAUUUAGUGAAGAACCUGGUCGGUGGUAGGACCUACUAUUUCCAAGUGUUCGCCAACUCGGCUACGAAUUACGGCGCGAGCGACCAGGUGAAGUUCCCCGUGCCGGCUCGCGUUAAGCACAAAGCGAUCACCGCGGGCGUCGUAGGCGGUAUCCUCUUCUUCCUGGUCGCCAUCAUCCUCAGCAUAUGCGCGGUGAAGAUCUGCAAUAAGCGGAAGAGACGAAAACAGGAGAAAGAACUGCUUUCAGCGUAUAACAUGGUGGCCUGCCGGGUCACCGACGCCAGGAACGGCGCAGGGCAGGGGCCCCAGGGAACAGUGCCUUUGAAAAAACCUAGAAAAAGCCGAGUACCAGGUUUAAGCCUCCUGCGGGAGAUCCUCAACCCGGAUACCCCGGACUCGUGCCGCGGUCGUCCGCUAGGUAAGAUCUCCCGCGCGGCCGACGGCCGCUUCGUCGUGGCGGACUCGGUCCUCAGCUCGGCCAACAACAGCAUCCUGGACGCGUCCAGCAGCGACGACGGUGGCUUCCUGCCGAAGCAACGGCUCAAGUCCUCCUGGCGGCGCCCGCUGGUCGGCACCAGCCAGCUCAGCCUGAGAUCCGACGGCAGCGGCGUGUCCAUCGGCCCAUUGCCGUCGGUACACCAUCACGGCGCCGUCAACUCCCUCGCGAGGAUACAACCCACCGUCUGCGCCAUCUCGUCGCCCAGAUUCCUGGCCAGUUCGCCGAGCGGAGCCCAAGUCCCCUGGACCCCCCUGUACUUCAGCGAUCUCAGCUCCGUCAAGCAGCCAUCCUCCGGCGAACGUUCUUUCCCGACGCCACCCGGCUAUCUUCAGCUACGGAGCGUGCACCAGCGGUACAGUCAAGAGCUACCGUCGCUCAAGGCGAUCCACGCCGAGUCCAGGCGAUUCGUGCCGGUCCAGCCGUUGGCCACGUCUUCACCGCCGCAGCCGGCUGGACGACCCAGAGCGAGACUACCGCCGAGGCACGCUCGGCACGCCAGAUCGGCGCCGGAGCUCGCAGCAUCGCCUGAUCUUGAGACCUCACCGGAGAGCAGGUCGAGCAGCUCCGGCUUCGGCAGUAAGAACACCUCGCAGCAGAACCAGAGCUCGAGGAGCGGCAGCACGGUCGCCGAAUGGCGUCCGCCGCCCUACAGGCCACCUCCGCCGCCCUUGGUGGGUCGUUGGCUCGAGCUCCAGGAUCCGACCAAGGUGGCGCACACGCACAUACAGAACGCCGUGGACGCCGGCAGCGUCGACGGCCACUACGAGUUCGAUCCGGUGUCGUGCACGCCGACGCCCACAUCGGCCUCCACACCCACGAGGGAGGAGAGACCGCCGGUGCAUCAGAUCCACGCUAUUCACGUUCCCCAUAUUCACCAAGUGCAUCACACGGUGCAUCAUCAGGCGCCGAGGUACAGCAGGGACAACAUAGAGGCUAGGGUACAGGCUAUGAAGGCGGAGUUCCAUCAGUUCCGGCAGAGACAGGCGAGGAGGAGGCAGAGCGCGCACUUGGAAAGCGCCUGUUGAAGAAGCGAUCGUGGUGGAGCCGUGGUAGGGUCCGUGGUAGACCCGAGACUAUCGUACAAACGGUUCGGAUACGUUAAUGCAGUUGCGCCGCGAACAUGUCCGACGAUCGAAGCUAUCGGCACGCGAGAAACGACUCGCGAGAUCGCGAUCGUUGCGAUCACGUCGACUUUGAGAGAGUACGCGACCGAGAGGAGGAGGAGGAGAAUGUCACGGGUGGCUCAAGCGCUCUGAACGGAUGUAGUAGAUGACGGCGACAGAGCAGGAGCAGGAGCAGGAGCAGGAGCAGGAGCAGCAGCAGCAGCAGCAGCAGCAGCAGCAGCAGCAGUAGCAGCAGCAGCAGCAGCAGCAGCAGCAGCAACAACGGCAUCAACUUUGCGCUUACGAGAACGGAUCAAAUAUGAUAAAAGACACGAUCUACGAAGUGAGAGAGAAAGCGAGACCAGGCUACGCGAGAGACCGACGGGUGACACCCGAAGAGUACCGACGUCAGAGGAAGAGGAACCUAGAUAUCGCCUGUGUGACUAGAUUUUGGUACUGGCUUUUAUCUAUUAUAGAAGACCGCGUAUCAACACGACGACAAAGACGACGACGAAGAGACUACGGCCAUGACAACGCGACUGCGACUGCGACUGCUACUACGACGAUGACGACGACAACGACGACGACGACAAUGACGACGACAACGCGAUCAUCACCGAAGACCAACCGCCGCAGCACAACGAGGAUCAUCAUCAUCAUGUGAAAUCCGCAUUAGAGGAGUUUAAGUCAAUUCUAGUAGCUGGGCAUCCAUCUACAAAAGAAGGCUGUUAUAAGCAUCAGCUCAGGAUACAUAAGUUUCGCACGACCAUGACGGGAGCGACGUAGUAGAGCCGUACGUUAAGACGAUAAUCCUACGGGGUCCCGCCCGUUACCGAUUAAGAGAGGACCUAUGUCGAUUGUCCUUCGGGGUAAAGCAAUCUCGAUAUCAUUCAACCCGGGGGGAG